GCCGAGAAGGCUGAAGAGCUGAAAGCAUGGUUGGAAGCGAUCCAAGGCUGGAUAGCAGCUGCAGCAUGGCAAGUGGGAGACGUUGUCUGCGUGACUGAGCCGUUCAUGUCAGACUCAGAAGACCAAGUCAGACUGGAAGCUGAUAUGACUGGUCUUAUCGUGAAGCUUGAUGAGCAUGAGGAUGCCUUCCUGGAGUUUGAGGCCUUCGAAGCCAGGCAGUGGGUCUUCCAGAAGAAGCGUCACAAGCUGAAACGACUGCUGGAUAACGAGGCAAAGGACGUCUUCUUGGAUAUUGUGCCGCAGAAUGACAUCAUUAUGCACUGGGCUCUACGAGUGGUGGGGCCAAAGGCUUCGCGAUGUUACGAGUUUGAGGCCGACGGAGUACUGAUGGGCAAGCGAACGGCCCUCGACAAGGGCCUUCCCAUCAGCUCACAGAAGCUGGAAGGUCGUACUGAAAAGACGCACCGGGAGAUUUCUCAGUGGUGCACACAGUUCGGCGUGGAUCACACCUACGAUGCAGCCGGCAACAACAUCUUCGGCGGAAAGAACUGCCAGGACUUUGCCGUGGAGCUAUGCACUUACAUGGGGAUUGACAAGGAGCAGCUGCCGUUUAGACAAGCGGAGCAGGUCAAGACCGUCCUGGGUGCUGGCGCGUUUGUGGCCGCCGAUGCGGCACUGGGCACGGGGCUGGUUGCAGCCGGAACGGGCCUUGUGGCCGGGGCCCUGGACUUGGGCAUUGGCGUUGCCGGCGCAGCUGCUGGGGCCGCCAUGAGCCCGGGGGUGCUCGCCGCUGCUGCGGCAGUCGGCGUGGGCUAUGCUUCAGGCGUCAUCACGCCGGAGUCCAUUCCGACUUUCGGCUUCGAGAGUGAGAAGCCAGCGCAAAGUCCCGAGCAGAGCUCGAGUUAA